AUGGAAAAAUAUCGGAUUCUUGGUAAGAAAGGUGAAGGAACAUUUUCUGAAGUAUUAAAGUGUCAGAAUGUUCGUGAUGGAACCUUUUGGGCCGCGAAAAAAAUGAAACAAUUAUAUAAAAGUAUGGAUGAAAUUCAACAAAUACGUGAAAUACGUGUAUUGAAACAAUUGAAUGGUCAUCCAAAUAUAAUUUUUCUUCGAGAAAUUGUCUUUGAUAAACGAUCUGGUGUAUUGUGUUUAAUAUUUGAAUUAAUGAAUUUGAAUUUAUACGAAUAUAUUCGAGGUCGUCAACGAUUAUUAUCAAACGAGACUGUAUGCAAAUUUAUGUAUCAAUUAUUAAAAGCUCUUGAAUAUCUUCACAGACAUACGUUCUUUCAUCGUGAUGUUAAACCAGAAAAUAUUCUAAUAAAAGAUGACAUAUUAAAACUAGCUGAUUUUGGAUCUUGUCGACAAACUUUAUCAAAACAACCAUUUACUGAAUACAUCUCAACUCGAUGGUAUCGGGCACCUGAAUGUUUACUAACAGAUGGAUAUUAUCGAAAUCAAAUGGAUAUUUGGUCUGCUGGUUGUGUAAUGUACGAAAUUAUAACACUCAAACCAUUAUUUCCUGGCAGUAAUGAACUUGAUCAAAUUAGUAAAAUUCAUGAUGUAUUAGGUACACCCUCAUCGAGUAUACUCGAUAAAUUUCAACAUCGAAAUUCAGCAGUUGAUUUUAACUUCCCUCCCCGUUCUGGUACGGGUAUUGCCCGACAUCUUACACAAUCUUCACCAACUACAAUUGAUCUUAUUAAUCAAUUGUGUAUUUAUGAUCCAGAUCGUCGUAUAUCAGCUGUUCAAGCUCUACGACAUACUUAUUUCGAUAGUGUUCGAACUCCUGAAAAUACACAAUUACAAGAACAAAAUAAUAAUAAUAAUCAGUUAGAAAAUGGAGUUCGACUUGUAAAAACCAGUGAAGAUCAAUACGAACGAUCAGAUUCUAGUAGUGAUGUAUCUAAUGCUCCUGAAGAAAAUGUAUCACCUAGAUCAAAUGUACAUAUUUCACCGUCUUUACAUCAACAACCAGCACUCAAAUCAGAUCAUCAUCGAUUAAUUUAUGUACCUGGAAAAACUCAAUCGUUAAUUGAUACCGGAAUACAAGGACAGUCCAUAAAAAAAUCAACAAAACCAUAUCCUAUUAAUAAUAAUAAUAAUACAAAAAUGAAAUAUACACAUUCUCAUCCUUCUCAACUUCGUGCAAAUCAAGCACAGACUUUUUAUAGUAGUUUAUCAGCAUUAGGAACAAUUGGUUCACCUUAUAAAACACAACCAAAUAGAAAAACAACAAAAAAUGGUCCAACGCCUUUUCUACCUUCUGUAUCGGGUGCUUCAGCUUUUUCAAAUUAUUCGAACACAAGUGGUCAUUCUUCAUCGAUAGUAAACAAAACUCAUUAUCCGGGAAAAAAUCUUGUUGGCUAUUAUCCAAUAAUGUCCUAUCGACCGUACAAAAAAUAA